UCUGAGCGUUGGUCACUAUAGGUUCCUUGCCGUGUUACCAUCACGCACAAUAAUUUUUCGUGGCAUAUGGCUGCCAACGACCAGUACGCUUAUGGUGGGUCUAUGCCAAUUGAGCUCCAUACACGACCUACUGUCCCAUCGGUUGAGCUAUCUUCAUACUUGUUUUCAUAUGUAUGAUUAUGUCACUUACUACUACAGUUUAGUGUUAUUCCUCCUCACUUGUAAGUAAGAGAUUUUAGGUUCGAUUCUCAUCAAAAGUAAAUUUGAACCACAUUAUUGCUAGCUAUUGUGAGAUUAAACUCAUCUUCUCUCCUUUUAGUGUAGACAAUAUCAUUUAUUAAAAAAAAAAGUAUGAUUAUUCGUAAAAUCUUUAACCCUAUAAUAUGGUAACAGAGGAUCUAACGAUGUUUUAAUUUAAUACUACAAAGUUCUUUUUGGUAAUUAUAAUAUUGUUACAUAUUAAUUACCGAUUUUGUGGUUAACAUACACUAUACUAAAUGAUAGUGAGCAAAAAUGCUCCUCCGAUUUUUUAGGGUACUGUGGAUAUCCUGUGCAUCAAAAUUCAGAAAGCCAUUUUCAACGGGUCAAUUAGAUAUUUAACCCGAAUCGGCAUUCAUUCCCUAGUUACCGUUGGGAACUAAUUAGCUUGAAGCCCAAGCUCUCUCUCUCUCUCGCGCUCAGACAGAGAAGGAAAAGGGUUCCAAAUCCCUGAAACCCCUCUUCAGAUCUCUGUCAAUUCGUUCAAAUUCAUCCCUUUCUAGCCAAACCCUAACGACCCUUUUCAGUUCUUGGUCAUUUUGUUACGUCGAUGGCUUCUCCACUCGCUUCUUUUAAUCUCUCAAGAAAAAGAGCAGAAGAAGAGAAGGUGAUUGUGGGGUUUCUGACGAUGGAGGACUUCAAAGGCAUGGACUUUAAUGACGAUUUUCAUCGUUCUUUGUCCUCCAUCGAUCGUCUGUGCGAGGUUCUUUGCGUUCGUAUUCGAAAAAACGAGCAAGAGAAACAACUGAAGGAUGGCUUUGCCGGAAAAAGGAUCAAACCCUCAAGUUCAACACCAACCGAUUUUGCUUCUUCUUCUUGUUCAAACGCUGCCCCUUUUCAGCUCCCUGGCAUACUGCCGCAGGGCAAAUAUUUCAAUCUGGGUUUUGAUCAUAAGAAGCAACUGAAGAACGAGAUCCGACAGCCCAGUUUCAAUUCCAAUUGGGCGCUGCAGGGUAACCCUAAGAAACCAAGGUCAAAAUCUAGUUUUGGGAAAAACCCUGCUACCGCUACUGCUACUCAUGAAUAUGUUGAUCUGAAGAGUAAUAUUGAUUCGAAGUUGAAAAGAAAAUAUGAUGGUGAUGAAGAUUGGUCUGCUUCCGAGAAGAAGACAAAGACGAAGAAGAGGGUGUACACCAAGAACAACAAGACUAGUUAUGUCUGUCCUCCGCCUGAUUUGCCGGAAGAAUACAAGAAAUUGAUCAUCGGCAAGAUGAACGGGACAGAGUUGACACUGCUCAUACAGAAGAAGUUGUACCCCACUGACGUCAACCCCAACCAUAACAGGUUGUCUUUGCCUCCGCUUCAAGUCUUGUCCGGCAGUUUCCUCACAUCUAAUGAGAUUGAAACCCUUAAUCCGAAGCACAGUCGGAAAAGUCGUGAUCUGGGUUUCCUUAAUAUUCCAUUUAUCGAUCCAAGUCUCAAGCUUAAAGAAAAGAAAGGGAUCAACUUGAGUCUGUGGACGCUGUCGAACUCAAACAGAAAAUCCUACGUGUUGAAAACUGGUUGGGGUAAGGUUGUUAAGAAGAACAAGCUGGUUGCUGGUGAUGUAAUCCAGGUUUGGUCAUUCAGGGCUAAUGGCAAUCAACUUCACUUGGCAAUUGUUUUGGUUCAAAGAGCGAAGGAAUGCAGCAAUCAGAGUGGAGGGAGCAGCCAUGUUUUUUGUGGUGAUCAUGGAAUUGAGUGGGGUGGAAUGUAGCACAAGUGCAAGUACUGAUGAAGUUGUGGACACCCACAGUGAUCGUUCAUUUGUCACACGAGUGAAGAUGAUGUUUUAAGGCUCGACUGUAAUUAUGGUCGUUCCACAAUUUCGGUUUGUAGAGUUUAUAUUUUUACGAGCUUUGUUUAUAGUUCAGGCUUGAUUUGUUUGCAAUUGUAAAUGCUUAAUCAGCCUUAGCCAUGUUUGUUGUCGAUGAGUCAACUGUUCAAUGUUGCAAGCAUGUGCAUAAACUCUGUGCAUGUAAUUUUUUGAUGAAAUAUAAUCAUAUUUUUGUAAAUCGUUAUAAAUAUGAUCUUUCCUUUUGUUGCUCA